AAGAAUUGGUACAAUGUAUAAAGCGCAGGUUGGGAAAUAUGGAGACUAUGCUUGCUGAUAGCAAUGAAGCCGUGCGUUGCGAGUAUAUUUCAACCGUCAAAAGAAUAGCUGAUAAAGAGCUUACCUUUGUUGAUUACGCAAUCAAGGCUCUCGAGGAACUUAUUUGUAUGACGGAAGGGAAGUUGCAUCAAGUGACCAUGGGCUUUGCUCAGAAUUUGGUGCAAUGCGAGAACGCUCUACAGCCGCAGAGAGUAGUAUUUAUUCUUUUCGCCUCGGGUGGGAUAUCAAGCAUGAGCAAGGACCCCCUUAAUAUUCGAUUUUCCGAAUCUGCUUUGAAGGAAGGAUCAGAGGAAGAGAAAGAUUUGCGUAAAACGUGAAGCGGAUUGAGGUUAUCGUUGGGUUGAUGAAGGAUAGGGUGGAGUGUGUAGAUGAAGAACCAGAAAGGAAGAAGGCUAGGGUAGAGGGUUAUCGAUCGAAAAAAUAAUCGUGUACAUUAGCGUAGAUGUCAUGUAUUCUGGGCUAGUAUUAUUUUUGCAUGUAUGAAUAAAAAUUUUUCUGGCAAAUUUUAACUCGUGUAUGAAUAAAUAAAAAUUUGAUCAGGUCAUGCAAUUUAAUAUAAUAAAUUUAUUUCGCUUACACAUUUUUUG